AAUUGUAAAAAAUGCUGUUUUGAUUCAUGAUCACGAUGAAGAUGCUACGUUGGAUCUUCAAGAAGUAAAUAAUUUACUGAAAAGGAAAUUUUUGGAGAAAUUUAUUUUAAGUUCACCCGUACCAAAUAUGUACAUAUAUGGAAGAACCCGUAAGAUUUUGUGAACAGAAAUUGGCUAUUGAAGUUUCUGUAAUAUGCAAAUGGAGGUAUAAUGAAGUUAGAGGAAAUGGACAUCGAUUUUCUAAAAGAGGGAUUGUCGAUGAGUGUUGUUUUGCAGAUUGCACUAGAAAAUUUAUAAAAAACAACUAUUGUGGUCCUGAACCAGCUGAACCAAUAACAACUAAAACAGUGGAAACAACUACCAAAACACCAAGACCAAGGAUAGAAAAUCAAGCACCACCAAAAAUAAAUAUAUUAGACAUAAUUAUGUCUUUAACAAAACUUGGUUGCGAUUAUUUUUCACAAACUAUGGAGUCUUUAUUAAAACCAUUUUAUAUUUUACUUAUCACAUUCUCCUGGGUGGCAGCUAAGAACAGGGAUAGUUUGACAAAGGAAGAGAUAGAGCCAAUCCAAAGUAAUGCCAAUAAUGAACAAGUAUGCCCUCCACUUGGACUAGGAAUACAUUUUGAGGUUACCACCAUACAAACAAGGACGCGGAUGUACGGUUGCGCCUACUUAAAAAGAGAAACGGUAAUAAGCUUAACUCCAGUAUUGAAUUUGUGGCUUGAACGUCCCACGAAUAACAACUUUCAUGGACAUUGUGAUAAUCUAAUGACUGCAAGACGUACGUAUAAUGAAUCUUUAUUGUCACACUACAACAAUGUGGGAGAUAUGGACCAUUUUGUUUUUGAGUGUAUGCCAAAAUACGAUCCGAUCAAUAGCGAAGAGAAUGUUCAAGGUUGGCAUUAUAUAACUUUAUUACAACAUUGGCCAUAUCUAAGAAAUAAUACUGAAACUGACCAAAUACCUUCUUACAGAUGUGCCGUAUACGAUGUGCAUGACGCCUCUGUUGAGGGAGUAAAGGUAAUUCGAAUGGCGAUCAGCGCGCCACUUGAAGGGCGUAUGGAUGAAAGCCAGUGUGAAGGUCUAGCAGGAACGAUGGGGCAGGAUUACUUACCAUACCUUCCCAAGGGACGACGAGCUUGGCCUAAUGGAUCAAUAUAUUUAUAUUUGUUAGGAAGACCAUUAUUUGACGAACGCCAAAAAAUUAAUAACGAAACUGUUAAGUAUCUAUCAAUCAUUCUAUAG